CUUUCCUCAAACCUUGUGCGACCGACCGGACAUGCCCAAGCAAACACGGACGGAAGAACCGAGAGGCUAGCCGGCUAGGGUUUCCGCCCGUUGUUCUUUCCCGUCCCCGUCGACUCCGACCAGGGGCUCGCCGUGAUGCCGCAAUCGGUCCAUGUCGAUCGCGCGACCAGUGAAUCGCUCAUCGGUCCCGACUGGUCCCUCAACCUGGAGAUCUGCGACAUCCUCAAUCACGACCCCUCGCAAGCCAAAGAUGUAGUGAAGUCUAUCAAGAAACGAAUUGGGCAUAAGAAUUCAAAGAUCCAGCUUCUUUCACUAACAUUGCUGGAGACGCUGAUUAAAAAUUGCGGAGAUUUUGUUCAUAUGCAUGUUGCCGAGAGGGAUAUACUCCAUGAAAUGGUGAAGAUAGUUAAGAAAAAGCCUGAUUAUCAUGUAAAGGAGAAGAUUCUCAGUCUGAUAGAUACCUGGCAAGAAGCUUUUGGUGGUGCUCGUGCAAGAUAUCCACAAUAUUAUGCAGCCUAUCAAGAGCUGCUGCGUACUGGAGCUGUAUUUCCUCAAAGAUCAGAGAGCUCAGUGCCAAUAUACACUCCACCACAGACUCAACCUCUACAGAACUACCCUCCUGCUUUACGCAAUACUGACUAUCAUCAAGAGGCAUCUGAUUCUUCUUUGGCACAAGAAGUACAUACAUUGAGCUUGACAGAAAUUCAGAAUGCACGUGGUGUCAUGGAUGUUCUCUCAGAGAUGUUAAAUGCUAUUGAUCCUGGUAACAGAGAGGGUCUAAGGCAGGAGGUCAUUAUGGACCUUGUGGACCAAUGCCGUUCUUACAAGCAGAGGGUGGUACAGCUCGUCAACACAACCUUCGAUGAGGAGCUACUAAGCCAGGGCCUUGCAUUGAAUGAUGAUUUGCAGCGUGUUCUAGCAAAACAUGAUACAAUUGCUGCAGGCAUAGCAGUCCAGGCAGAAAAGCCGAAACCACUGCAGGCCCCCGAAAAUAGUACUCCACCGACAAAGCCAGAUGGGACAAAAGAGACACCUCAAAGGUCUUCUGAAGCUCCAGGUAACAUUCCUCCAUCUGAGCUAUUAGCACUUCCUGCUCCUCCAUCAUCCAGCAGUUCAAAGCCUCGUGGAGAAGCAGCUGUUAGCCCUAGUAUUGACCUACUGAGUGGAGAUGAUUAUUUCAAGCCAGAACCUGUUAAUUCCCAAGCUCUUGUUCCUUUAGGCAAUCCACCUGCAGCUUCAGCUUCAGGCCACAAUACCUUAGAUCUUGUAGACAUGUUUUUGCAAAGCAAUGGUAGCAAUAACAACCAUAACCCUGUCAUUUCGUCACCUAUAUCAAACUCAAAUCCUAAUCUCUCAGCAGCACAAGCUUAUCCAGCUGCACAGUGUCCUGUUCCACCACAGCAGUCUUCUCCAUUUUCUAAUGGGUUGACUUCCAAUACAAUGCCAACUUAUGUUCAAGGUUCUGAACUAAAAUCAGCAAGUCCAUGGGAUGGUCAGUUUGCUCAAGGGAUGAUUCAACCACAGCAGGCACCAAACUAUGGUCAAGAUGAUCAGAGCAGCGACCUCCCACCACCACCAUGGGAAACUCAGCCUGCACAAAGUGAUCAAUUCGAAGCUGGCCAACUUCUAAUGCCAUCAGGACAACUUGGAGGCAUUCCACCGCAACCUGUCCAAGUUGGUCAGCCUGCUGAAGCUUCACCAUCUCAACCAUUGCUGACCGGACAACCAGGAGGAAUGCAGCAACAUCCACAUUCCAUGCCAAACAUGCAGUACGGGGUAAUGUAUCCACCAAUGCAAGGCAACCAAACAGCGAGCAUGUAUGCCCAGCAGAUGGCUGGAGAUCUCUACCAGCAACAGAUGUAUGGCGACCAGAUGGCCGGUUAUGGCUAUGGACAGCAGCCUGGAGGCUACUAUGUGCCGAAUUCUGCAUAUGCCGGUGCAAACGAGCUUUCUCAGAGAAUGAAUGGGCUAGCCUUGCAAAACAACAGUUUGUAUGGCACACCUACAUCUUCCCUUCAGCAAGCUAAUAGACCAACAAGACCUGAAGAUUCACUUUUUGGUGAUCUGGUUAACAUUGCCAAAACAACGCCUAGCAAAACUACAGCUAAUAAGGCUGGUGAGUUGUAAAGAUGAAUGGAACCUUGUUACCAUAUCUGUCACAGAGAUAGCUUUUGCUCAUAAUACAUAGAAGAAAUCUGUGAGUUAUAGAUUUUGAAAAUCAUAGCAAGUGUGGUUUGGUAUAAUUCUAUUUUGUUUACUUGAAAGCAAUUAUAUUUUGUUUACUUGUUGCAAGUCCCCAUAUUUUCUUAA